GCUUGAAAGACGAGUCAUGGAUUUGGCACUUAAGAUAUGGGCACUUAAACUUUGGUGGCUUGAAAAUGCUAUCAUCCAAAGGCAUGGUGAAAGGCUUGCCCUUCACCAAUCAUCCUGAUCAGCUAUGUGAAGGUUGCCUAUUUGGGAAGCAAUCAAGGAAACCAUUCCCUAAAGAAGUUACCUCAAGAGCUAAGGAACCAUUGGAGUUAGUCCAUACCGACUUAUGUGGUCCUAUUACUCCAUGUUCACAUGGUAAAAGUAAGUACUUUCUCACUUUCAUCGAUGAUUACUCAAGAAAAACAUGGGUAUAUUUCCUUAAACAGAAAUCUGAGGCCUUUGAAGCAUUCAAGAAAUUUAAGGCUCUUAUUGAGAAAGAAAGUGGGUACACUAUCAAAGCCAUGAGAUCAGAUCGGGGUGGAGAGUUCACAUCAAAGGAGUUUAAUCAAUUUUGUGAAGAUAAUGGCAUCCGCCGUCCCAUGACUGUCCCACGAACACCACAACAAAAUGGUGUUGCCGAAAGAAAGAAUAGGACGAUCCUCAACAUGGCUCGAAGCAUGCUAAAAACAAAGAGUAUGCCUAAAGAUUUUUGGGCUGAAGCUGUGGAUUGUGCUGUUUAUCUUCAAAAUCGCUGCCCCACGAAGAGUCUCGAUGGAAAAACUCCACAAGAAGCAUGGCAUGGAGGUAAACCUGGAGUCUCACACUUGAGAGUAUUUGGAUGCAUUGCAUAUGCGCAUGUACCCGAUCAGACUAGGUCAAAACUCGAUGACAAGAGUGAGAAGUUUAUAUUCAUUGGAUAUGAUAAACACUCAAAAGGGUACAAACUCUACAAUCCGGAUUUGAAAAAGCUUAUAAUAAGUCGUGAUGUGGAGUUUGAUGAAGAAGGCUCAUGGGAUUGGAGCAUUGGUGACAAAGAAGAUUAUAGUCUCUUGCCUCCCAUGGAAUAUGAAGAAGAAGUUGAAGAAAAUCAUGAAAAUACAACUCCUCCACCAUCUCCCACUCAAGCUCAAGCUUCAUCACCAAGUUCGGAUGAAAGAGAAAUACCACGCAUGAGAAGCAUUAAAGAGCUUUACGAGGUAACACAAAAUUUGAACUCAAAUGAUGAACUUACACUCUUUUGUCUAUUUGGUGAUUGUGAGCCACUAAGUUUUCAAGAAGCCACAAGAAACAAGAAAUGGAGAGAUGCAAUGGAUGACGAGAUCAAGUCAAUCGUGAAGAAUAAAACAUGGGAGCUUGCCACACUUCCACCAAAACAUAAAGCAAUUGGAGUGAAAUGGGUAUUUAAGAUCAAGAAAAAUGCAAAAGGAGAAGUUGAGAAGUACAAGGCAAGACUAGUGGCCAAAGGCUACGCCUAGAGACAUGGCAUUGAUUAUGAAGAAGUAUUUGCGCCCGUGGCUAGAUUAGAAACAAUAAGAUUGAUAAUUGCAUUCGCGGCUCACAACAAGUGGAAGAUACAUCAAAUGGAUGUCAAGUCUGCAUUCUUAAAUGGGUUCCUAGAAGAAGAAGUCUACAUUGAGCAACCCGAAGGUUACAAAGUCAAAGGGCAAGAAGGUAAAGUGUUGAGGCUAAGUAAGGCUCUUUAUGGGCUUAAACAAGCACCAAGAGCUUGGAAUAGUAGAAUUGAUCAAUACUUCCAAGCUAAUGGAUUCGUGAAAUGUCCGCAAGAACAUGCUCUAUAUAUCAAGAAAAAUCAUCACGGAGACAUACUGCUCGUGUGCAUAUAUGUGGACGACCUCAUCUUUACAGGUAAUAAC